AUGGCUUACACAAUGUGGACUUCGGGAUCAACUGGAGAACCAAAGACGGUGCAGGUGCCCCACUGUUGCAUCGUACCUAACGUGCUUCACUUUAGGGAGAUUUUCAACAUCACGCCGGAGGACGUCAUUUGUGGGCCGUGUCCUCUGACCUUCGAUCCCAUUGUGAUACAAAUGUUCUUGGCGUUGACAUCGGGAGCGACCCUACUCCUCCCGUCCGAUGUUAUCGGGGAGAGACCUUCAGAGAUUGUUAAGCUUGUGACGGCCCACAAAGUUAGCUUCCUGCAGGCAACUCCUAGCUUCUUCUUCACCAUCGGAGCCGACAUCGUGAAGAAAUCCCUGCUGUCCCAGGACACGAGCCUUCGAAUCCUUGUUCUGAUAGGCGAAGAGUGUCCUCCAGUUAGCGUGCUUAAGCGCUGGAAGAGCAAUGGAAAUGCGACGGAGUUCUUCAACGUGUACGGCAUCACCGAGGUGUCGUGUUUUGCCACCUGCCAAAAAAUUGAUUUCGGAACAGAUGGCGCUGUCCCCCUCGGCGAUCCGUUAGAUGGAACCUUACUCGAAGUGCGGAACGAUUCAGGGGAAGUCAUUGAAGAAGGGGAAGGCACGCUUUUCAUCGGUGGAACCAACCGCCGGUGUCUCGUGGGCAACGAGACGUGGCGAGACGUCGACCCGGUACUCUUUCGAGACUCUGGCGAUCGAGUGAAAAAAUGCGGGAACGUCUUGACGUUCCUAAAUAGGAACGACUCGAGCUUCCAGUACAAUGGCCGGAAGGUGCGCGGUGGUCCCGCGACAGCCAUCCUGCUCCGCUCGCCUUCCGUCGAAAGCUGUCGGACCCACUUCUCGAAGGAAGAAAAGAUGCUGUACAUCUUCGUCAAGCUGUCGCCCGGCUGCCUUGCCGAAGACGCCCUGCCCUCCCUGACCAAAAGCAUCGAGACGGAGUGCCUCUGCCCGUUCGAAAUCCUCCCGUUGAACUCGUCGCCGAUGAACACACACGGGAAACUCGACCUUAAGGCGCUGCUUAAAACAACUUCAAAGAAGAUGAAUCAUGCUGCUGCAUACAAUCGGCUUCUGUCUACCUUGUGGAAGAAAUUCACCACCAGGACAACGGACAUCAUUGAUCCACAGGAAAACUUUCUUCAGAACGGAGGAAGUACCCUGAGGGCUUCCACCAUCUGUCAAGAGAUGGAGUUCGCUACAAAGCGCCCCCUGCCACUUUUGGCCGGCAAGCUUUUGCAUGAAACGUUCGGGGAAGUCAACGCUUACCUGAACGAAAUCAUCGAAGGAACCAUUCCACGAGAUUUCGGUUUGAAAGGUUAAGUUGCUUAAUUAAAGCGACACUAAAGUA